AUGAUAACCGAUAUGAAAAGUGGUGGUGCAGAUGCUGGUGCCUUGGGAGCCAAGACAGCGAGAGCUUGUGAUAGCUGUUUGAGAAGAAGAGCUCGUUGGUUUUGUGCUGCUGAUGAUGCUUUUCUUUGUCAUGGUUGUGACAAUUUGGUUCAUUCGGCGAAUCAGUUAGCGAGUAGACACGAAAGGGUUCGGCUUCAAACCGCGUCUGCUAAGGUGACUGACACGACAGCAACUGCAAAAGCAUGGCAUAGUGGAUUUACUAGAAAAGCAAGAACGCCGCGUCAUAACAAGAAUUCGUCGAUUCAACAGCAACAACAACGGCUUAAGGAGAAGGUUCUUUUCAAUACUAGUUUUCUUCCGCUUGUUCCUGAGCUCGGAGGGGAAGAGGAAGAGGAUCGAGAACGGGGAUUACUGGUUGAUAUUAAUGAGAUUGAGGAGGAGGAAGAGCAGUUGAUGUGUCGCGUCCCGGUUUAUGAUGUCGAUCCUUUUGAUUUAGAGAAUUGUAAUGUGAAAAAUGAUGCUGCUGACUUUGAGGACAUGUGUGAUUUGGAUAGUUUCUGUGAGUUUGAUGUUGAUCUUGCUGAAUUUGCAGCGAAUGUUGAAAGUUUACUAGGUGUUGGGAGUAGUGAGAUUCAUGAGAAUUCGUCGGGACAAGUGUUUGAUUAUAAACAAGAGAAUGAAAUGGAUCCAUCCAAAAAUGAGAUAUUAAAGGUUAAAGAUGAAGAACUUGAUGACUUGGAAUCGGUUUUUGAUAUGACAAGUGAUGAAGUUUUUCAUUGGAAUAUUGAUCAUGAUGAAUCAAUGGCACACCAGGAGAAAGAGUUUAUGCCUAUGAGUAAUAGUAGUGUUGGUGUUAGUGAGAGUGUUAUUACUAAAGAAGAAACUAAAAGAGAGAAGUUUUUGAGACUUAACUAUGAAGAUGUUAUUAGUGCUUGGACUAGACAAGGCUCUCCUUCUCCAUGGACUACUGCAAACCCUCCUAAGUUCAACUCCGACGAUGAUUCAUGGCAAAACUUCUUGGGUUCAAGCUGUGUAGAUGGAGAAAUAAGAAGCAUAAGAGGGAACUUAAUAGGAAGUAAUGUAGAUGGAGGAAGAGAAGCAAGAGUAUCAAGGUAUAGAGAGAAAAGAAGAACACGUUUGUUUGCAAAGAAGAUAAGAUAUGAAGUAAGGAAACUGAAUGCAGAAAAGAGACCAAGAAUGAAAGGUCGUUUUGUUAAAAGAACAACAACAUGUUUUGCAGGAGGAGCAACUUCAUUUGCAAGUAAUUAUCACUAA